CAGCGCCAGCAUACCGCAUUGCAUGCCCGGGAUUGAAGAUGUCAACAUUGCACUAGCUAUUCGCACGCGAGCGGUGCUUAUUCCGCCGCCCUAACCUUCUCCCGACCGAUAUCGCUGUCUCCCGCUGGCCUUGGCGUCUUUGCCGCGGUGUAGCUGUAGCUGAUCUAGGCAAUCAUAAACAACACAUUCAUUGGGAUUUGUCGUGCACUCGACAUGAUUCAUCUUUAAACUUUAGGGAUGGAGAAACAAAUCAACAAGAAUAACUGACAUUGUCACCACUACAUCUGCACUCAAGCAAGGAUUCAAAUUCAAAGUGUCACAAAUUAGGGGAUAUCUUGACAAACUCGGUCAAUUCAGUCCGAUUCAGUCAAGAAUUUCUUCACAGAAAACAGACAGUGAGACACAGGAUAAAAUGGCAGAGACAACUUUAAUCCGUAACUUUUCUUCGAGCACGUCGCAUGCAUCAGGAAGAUUUGUAUUGCCAUAUUUACCAACGGAUCCUCCAAGAUUCAACCCUCAUGCACUUUCUUACUCCAUGGCCCUGCAGAGUGCUCCUUUCACCGCUCUCAAAGGUGUCGUAGUAGACGGCAGGCAACCACCAAGGCACCCUGAGUCUCCUCGCUUCAGGAUACGGAAGCAGGUAGGAGGGACAAACAGAUGGAGGCUUCCGGAGUCACUUGGAGGUGAUCUUCUAGGAACUUCUCAAGCCAUUCGAUCUACCAAUGAACCUUACAACAAGAACACUAUAGCUAUUCUAUCAGCUGAUAACCCUGCUACUACAGUCAACCGUGACCUUGAUCGUCCUUACCAGUUUCACUCCACGGAGGGUCAUGCUAAGCCGAUGACAGCCCCAGCUCCAGCUCAGUUUGGUAGUGAGAGCUGGUAUAACCAGAGGGUUCCCAGUCCUCAGCCUCCUGCUACAGCUCCACUCCAUGGCAAGAAACCAACACAACAUCCUGCUCCAAUUGAGAAAUUCCGACCAAUGUCUGCCAGGUCUCCUACACCUGUAGAUAUCUUCCAUUAUCAUUCAGCUCCUGUACACAGUCUGCUUGGACCUGACAUCUUGCUUCAAUGUUUGGAUACAAACUGGGAGUUGCACCGUCCCUACAUCCGCAAGGCAUGCACUCUAACACAGUUACUCCAGAGAGCUGAAGAUAAACCGCAUGAAGAGCUCUACUACAGAGAUCCUAUGUCAGCUACGGUAGAUCAGUAUAUCAGCAAGAGCCAAUUCUACAGCUCUGAAUAUCAGAAGAUUAGCAGAGAGCAGAGCACACAGCCAGCUCCUACAGACAGCAUCAAACAGACACCUAAGAAAGAUAUCAACCACCCAUCACAUAUCGUUGCAGCUAGGACUAGUAACAUGGUGAAACUCAAGCUAAAAAUCAAAGAUUCUAUGGUAUCCAAGGAAGCUUUUGCCAUAGCCCUUGGUAACCUCUACCAUGAAGGUGUCAACCCUGAGCGCACUGAUGUGGUCGGUGUCCUAGCUUCUGGUCAUGCCUUGGGAUUCCCAGACCUUGAGAGGAGGUGUGCUGAUAUUAUGAUGGAUGACAUUCAAGCUAAUACAGUGUGUAGAUAUCACCAGGCUGCACUCAAGUACAAGAUUGGUCAGGUGGUGAAUGCAUGUGAACGUUGGUUAGAACUCAAUCUGAUUCCACAGUUGUCAGUUCAGAUCCAGCUGAGACAGUUACCGAUCGAACUCCUUCAGAAGAUCAUUAAAUCAAGCAGGUUCUUUACCUUCAAUGAGUACUAUGUGUACAAGAUGCUGUGCUACUGGAUAUUUCUUCAGGAGAAUGAUCACCUUCAGUUGAUGCCAUCCCAUAGUACCAUCGUCACAUUCUUCAACAGUAUGUCACGGUCCAGUGCUUUCAUAGAGCAGGAGAGAGGACAGCCCUACGCAGGUCUCUUCAUGUCAUUAAGGAUGAGUGGCAUCACAGAUACACGACAUCUAGAUGAUAUGCUUCAGAUGAAUGUAGUACCUAAUCAGUGGAUCCUACGUACCCUGACCUUACACUACCAUGCCUUACAGGGUGGUGGAGAUAUGUCCCUCAUGCAGGACUUCAAGAAGGAUGCCAUCAGACUUGGCUUCAUCAUUGAACAGGAGCCUCGUUAUCACUGUGAAGUGAUCUCUGUGCAUGGGUUUCACUUUGAGUUGAAGGCACAGCGUGUUGGCAAACAGAACUCAUAUCAGUUCUAUAUUCAGCGAUUGAAGCCCCGCGAUCCUGCCCUGUCCUUCCGUGUCUGUGAGCGUCAGACGUUCUCUUUGCGUCAGGACCGAGAAGUCCUCUAUUCCAUCCGGAUCCAGAGCCGCAUCAAAGGCCAGGACUAUGCCUUCAACACAGGCAUCCUAGGCAAGAGGUUUGGACUAGGACCCAAUACCUGCAAGAGUGAGGUCCUAACCCUGGAGGGGUUGUGUUUACCCCUCUACAUCACCUACUCCCUCCUCUUCCCACCUUCCUAAAGAGAACUCAUUCACACAUGGGACUUGAUCAUCAACAUGCUUUGUAGGUUGAAUAUUAAUUAAGAAAACCAAUGCAAUGGAAUUUUUAAAAAACAGACAAAAACGAAAUUUGAGGGAAAAAAUAAAGCAAAUCAACCAAGCUUUCUUAUGAUUUCAAGUUUAACAUUUAUGUUUUAUUAAUAAAAGUUGAUAAAUAAGUGAUAUAAACUGGCACAUCACAAGUAUGAGAUUUACACAGUAACUUAAAAUACACUUCUUCAUUCCAUUACAGCAUUUACAUUCCACUUGUAAGACUUAUAUUAUUGACAGUGUCUUAUUUUUAUAAACAAUUCAAGUAUUUACUUUCUGUAUUGAAUGUGAUGUGGAGUUUUGGCGAUGUGUGUACAAUUACAGGAAAUAUGUGUGGUUGCUACUGUAUAUGAGUGCUUGAAAGCAUUAAUAUUACAUUAUAUUAUUGAAAUACAAUAUAUAGUUUAGAGUUUAUAAUUCAGAUAGAGAGUACAAACAAGGGACCACUUGAGGUAGUUUUGAGGUGUUCUAUAUCAGAUUUAUUACAUAUUCACAUAUCAGUAUCAGAUAUUACAGUGGAUGCUACCUGUUAUCAGGUCUGUCUGGAGUGUUAACUCAUAUACUUUAACACAGAGUUAUCACCUAUUUGGCUCUCAACAGAUGACCUUUUAGACUUGAUUAUGUGUUUACAAGUAUCUUAAUGAAUAAUUUUAAUUGGAAAAAACAUACAUUAGUGUAUUAAUACAUGUUUUUGGCUACACAAGAAGUCACUACUUUAUUGUAAACAAUGAUACCUACGAUCUUUAAUAAAAGGGCAUUUAAAACCAAGCAAAUUCUAAUCAUGAUAACAGAUUUGAUAUUCUUUUCAUUCAAGGUAAUAUCACAUUUGCUGUGCCUUGUUUUUGGACAUGUCAAAGACAAAAUUGAUGUUUUUGUUGCAUAUAACCAACUUUUGCAUUAUUUCCUUGUAUUAUCCAUUAUUAUAAUGGGAUGAGUUUGCACAUGUUUCAUUACAUUCCUCUAUAUUAUUGGGCUCAAAGUAUAGAAUACCUUGCUUAUAUUCAGUAAAGCAACAAAGGUCUAUGAUAAUCAAUAUUUGGAACUGCUCUCAAAACAUAAGGAUGUCAGAUUAGACACAUAUAUAUUGCCUUAAAAGUGUAUUCAUGGUAAAAAGUGGCAAGGCUUU